AUGACGAGGGGAUUCAAUUUUGGGGCUUACGAGCGGCGGGGACUCGCCGAGGCGGCCGGAAUCUGGCCGGCAAGGGGCGGCAGUGGUGUGUACCAAGACGGCGACGCUCUGCUGAUGGUGGUGUUCGAGAGAGAGGGUGACAGGGAGGCCCAUGAGCAGGAGGGCGGCAGCGCUGCAGGAGAGGCGCAGCUGGUGGCGGCGCACAGGGGCAGGGGCGCAGGCAGCAGGGGCGGUGCCGGGGGACACGCAGGUGGCACGGGGCCUGCGGGCGAGGCAUGCAGGGCGCGCAGGGGUGGCAGCGCUCCUAGUUUCGCGUGCAUGGAGGCGCACAAAGGGGCGAGCAAAGCAGGAGGAUGGCAAUGUAGGGGAGAGGGACGCGGCGAUGUUGGUUGCAGCAGCCGGGGCACGAGGGCUCAGGCGCUCGGCCUUGCGAGCAAGAGGGUCGCGUGGUGCAGUGGGUGGUCGUAG